ACUAAAGAAAGUAACAAAGUGAUGCAAAAAUGCCAAACUUACAUCUGCUCUGUUCUCUCUUAUUUUUUCAACUCUUUCCUACCCCACCCCCCUCAUACCCCCUACUCCUAAUGCCCCUGAUGUCAAGUUUCUCUUAUAUUAAGUUCACCUUAUUUGAGCUAGAUUUAUUCUCUCUCUAGAAACAGACCCAUCAAUGGAAACCUUACCAAAACCUCAAGAAUUUCACAGCCCAUGUCUUAUUUCAUCACCAGAUAGCCAUAGCUCCAACAGUUCAAGCUGUAGCAAUAGCAGCAAUUCUAACCACCACCACCACAACAAUGGUCUUCAUCACCACCACCGCUGCCACCCAACACCACCCACUACCCCAACACCUACUACACCACCACCACUACCUCCACAACUACCCAUCACCAGAUCCGAACCGAACAACCCGUACCCCACUACCUUCGUUCAAGCUGACGCUUCCUCUUUCAAACAGGUAGUUCAAAUGCUUACUGGGUCCUCUGAAACCGCCAAGGUUGGUGCUAAUUCGGGCCGUACUGAGCCCGUUAGGAAUCCGAUCCCUCCAAUUAAAACUGGAACUAAGAAGGAGAAAUCAAGUUCAAAGCUGUAUGAGAGAAGGAACAGCAUGAAGAAUUUCAAAAUUAGCCCAUUGGGUCCUGGGGUUGUGAAUAAAUCCCUUUUCUCUGCUGGGUUUUUGGGUUCUCCGAGAACUGCGACGCCAGAGAUUUUGUCCCCGAGCAUUCUCGAUUUUCCGGCGCUGGCGCUUAGCCCGGUAACCCCUCUCAUACCCGACCCGUUUAACCGGUCGCCUCACAGUGCUGCAAGUACCGAGAAUUUGGAUUUGGAGGCAGAAGAGAAAGCAAUCGCCACAAAAGGAUUCUUUUUGCAUCCAUCACCGGCGAGUACUCCGAGGGAAUCGGAGCCCCGCCUUUUACCCUUGUUUCCGGUGACUUCCCCUAGAGUUUCAGGUUCUUCUGAUUCUUAAAUGUGCUUUUCUUUUUUCAUUUUUGGUCCUUUUUUUCCCUUUUUGAGCUUCAUCUCAUGUAUGAUUUUCAUAUAUAACCCACAUAGAAUAUGAUCUGGAAUCAAGGUGGAAGCCAGAUGUUAUAUUACUACUACAUAUUUGAUAUUUGUAUUGGACAAUUGACGAAAAUGAGCCAAAAAAAAACAUGAAAUGGCAGCAAGAUUUGCUUCUUACACUGUAAAUUUUUUUCAUCUUCCCUUCUUUUUUUGUAAUACUAUAGUAUAAUCCUCUGUAUUCAAGGUAUCUCUGUUCUGUAUUCUGUAUAAUCAGGAGGCCAUCAUAAUUCUUUUGGUGGAAGACCUAUUAAAUUAGUAUACUUCAAGUGCAA